UGUCGGCAUACUCAUUACCCACGCACAAGCCAAAGAACGUAUGUCGGCAUCACUCUCAGUAUUAUUAUAUCAAAAAUCAGCUGUGAUUUCGGACUCUGAAUUUAAUUAAAAGUGAAGCAACAUAACCUACCUUUUAGACCUUGGCUUACUACUAUCAAAAUUCGAAAAGGAAACAGUUUUAAGCUAUGGCCUGUUGGUCCUUUUCUAAUCAUUUAUUUGAUUUGUACAUUGGUUAAUGUAAAUAAAUAAAUAAAUAUUUUGGCUGUCGUAAACUUGUAGAUCUGGGAUCUUUUGUAUUCCAGUGCUCUAUUAUAUCCAAUGUCGUAAUAAAAAACAAUAUUCAAAAACUUUAGGCAGUAUCACAGUUCAGCAAAGCUCUCACUAAAGAAAUCCUCCAACUGGUAGAAGCUCCUUAUAAUGAGCCACCGUGACAACGUGAUCCUAAAUACAUUUACAGGGCUCGCCCUAACUGAGUCUGGCAAACAGUUAAACAUUCGCACAGCCAACACUGGGAAACUAUACUUCACUCUUGACAGGCGACAGCGCGGCACAUCCAAGUUGACCCUCCCUUGACUUCCAUGUGAAUGCACUCCCUCUCUUCUGGUGUAUGUGUAGAUGUUUUUCCUGACAUGUAGGAUCGAUGACAGUAUGUAGAGGCCAUAUACUGUAUGGAUACCCAAACGCUGAAAUAUGGGCUGGCAGUGUGCAUCAUACUCACUACAGUCAUUACACGGAGUGCCUACUUCUGGAGCAGGAGAAUGUUCCUCACAUGCGCCGAGUGCCCCCAUAUCAAGAUGCCGUACUGUGGCUGGCAAAUACCGCAUGGUACAACAUCAGCAAACGAUCAACAGAGGCUACUUGACAUCAUUGGGCAGACGAAAAAUACUCUUGACAUAUGUAUUUACAUUUUUACUUAUCAAGAGUUAUAUCAGAAGUUGAUUGAUCUAUUCGACUCAGGAGUGAAGAUAAGAAUCAUUAUGGAUAACGAAAUGUCAUCAACCAAUGGCUCUAAGUUGGAACAACUUUUAGAGAAAGGUGUGGAUGUGAGAUUGAGGGAUCCUCAAAAAGUCAUGCACCAUAAAUUCUUCAUAAUUGAUAACUCACUGUUGGUGACCGGCUCAUUGAACUGGACCAGAGCUGCGCUUGUUGCAAACACCGAACAAGUGUUAAUAACAAAUAAAAAAGACUUCAUUGACAAAAGUGCAGGUACUUUUAAAAUAUUGUGGGAUGACACAAAUACCAUUCAGUUUCCAGUUGAAACGACCUAGAACUCUUUUUAUAUCCUUUAGUUGAUAAGAAACUAUUAUGUGAUGAGAAUUAAUCAUAAGUUAGGCAAGCCAGCCAAAAUUACGGUUACAGUUAUGUACUUUAUCAUAUUGUCUUUGUAUUCUCUUACUUUAGGUAUAGAGUAUAGUAUAAGAUCGACGCCUGCAGGCUUGUCAGCUGGGGCAUUUGACAUUUUUAUCGCCCCACUGAGAGGGAAAACACUGUCACUGCGAUGCAGCAGUGUGUUUGACGAAAGGUUUCUUGGAAUUUUUCUGAAAAUCUUUCUUAUUUUUCCCACUUCUUGUAAAGAUCGUGUCUGUUUCAUUUCCUUCAGCAAUGUCAGCUUGCGAAUCUAGAUUUUCUUUAGAGUUUUCGGUAUAGUUUCUUCUCUGGUAUAAUGGUGUUUGACACUUAUGCUUGUGAAUGAAUAUUUAUGUAGUCAUUCAUUCAAAAUUACUUAUUAUUGAAAUGAUAUUGGAAGAGGAGAAACAGGCGUACCCUUUAAUACUCCUCUCCCAAAUUAAGAUUUACAUCAGAUCGAAAUAAAGUUAAGUCACUUUUUACUUUUCACUCCACAUCACAAUUUCUGUCCAAAAAUUAAAUUUAGUAUGAUUAAAUAAACAAUAAAGAAGAUAUACUUGAACUGAAACCCCGAUUUAAAUAUUGAAAAUAUUGUGAAUCAACCAAGUAAUUUGUACCCUAGAAACAAACACACACAAAUUAAACAACAAACAAUUUAAAUUCAUUUAUCUAUUUCCCUGUGCAUGCAAGCGUAUAUCCUAUAGGCCUAACUAAAUGUAUUGAUAUCUAUUUCAGAAAAUACCUUUUCAAUCACGUCCAUGGCGAUUUAAUAGUAAAAUUUACAAGCUACAAUUACCGUAUCAUAAAGUUUUCAAUGUACUAAACAAACUACCAAAAUGACAUAAACCUCGCUCUUGCUACCAAUUGAGUGAAAAUUGGUUUAGGGGUGUAACAUGUGAAGGGUUGUGUGAAAAAUAAGGUUCCCACAUUUUUUCAGGUAUAUUUUUCAUUAAAAUUGGAAAAUAAAUCAUUGGGAAGCUUAUUUUUCACCUAUUAUUCAACGUAAUCUCCAGAUUUUUGCCACGCAUUUUUGUUGAAGACUAAUUUAAUUCAAAGAAAUCCCACUUUGAAGAAGUCCGCCACCAGUCCGUCGAGGAAUUCGGUGACCGCUUCCUGCACUUCUUCAUCAAUCUCUUGUUGACCACCUAAGUUUUACUUUAAUUUUGGAAACAAAUAGAAAUCAAUCAGUGCAAGAUCAGGACUGUAGGGAGCAUGUUCAACAAGAUCCCAGCCAAAACUAUCGAUUAACGCCUUGGUUCGAUGAGAGAUGUGCGUUCGCGCAUUGUCAUGGUGUAGACUAACACCUUUUGUCAACCUUCGUCUAGACCAUAGCAUCACUAUCCCCGCGGACAGCGUCUGCUUGAAUUUCUUUGGUUCAGGCGAUCCAGUAUGGUGCCAUAGUCGCGAUUGUUGUUUCGUUUUUUUGGUGACUUAAUGACACCACGUUUCAUCUCCGGUAACAAUGGAGUCUGAGAAACAUUCGGCAUUCUCAGUGCAUUUUCGAAGAAACUACUGUGCACACUUGACGCAUUUGGUUUUGUUGGUUUCUGAGAGCAUGUGUGGGACCCACCGCGCACACAUCAUGUGAUAACCUAGCCUUUCCGUCAAAAUCGUAUGGACUAAAUUCUCACAAACUUAAGAAACCCGGGCGGCCAAUUCCCGUAUCCCGGUAUCGUUAUACUCCAAUCUUCAAGCAGAAUUUGAUCAAUUUUUGACACAACUUCUUUGAAGAUCGAUGGACUCCUACUUCUUUGCUCAUCGUGGAUGUCUGUGCGUCCUUUGUAGAACUCCCUACACCAUUAGCGGACGUGUUGAACACUGGUAUAAGCUUCACCGUAAACUUCACACAACUGCCUAUGAA